AUGCAUACGGUCGUAGCUCCGUAUGGACGCUGGACCUCCCCUAUCUCGAGCGAGGUCGUGUCCCAAAGUGGGCUAGCCAUAGGCGAUGUGUCUUCACACCCAUCCUGCCCUUGGAUCGCGUACACCAUCACCGAACCCCAACAUCGCGGUCGGUCUACCUUAGUGUACCAAUCAACUUCGUUACAUGCCCCUCCUACCACACUGACACAGGCAUCGCACGGUACCGUUCGAUCAUUCGUACACGAAUACGGCGGUGGUGCGUGCGCCAUGCAGUCGGAUACCAGCAUCAUUUUUGCUCGAUGCCAUGAGCGGCAUUUCGCUGUAAGUCGGAUGAAUCCCCACACACAAGCAUGUGAAGACAUUGUGCCGCCUUGCAUCGAUCGGCGCUACGCAGACUUUGCUCCGCAUCCCUCCGACUCUUCAUUGAUUCUCGCGGUGGAGGAAGAGCAUGCUUCCAAGGACGUGUACAACCGCUUGGUUUGUCUCUUCGAGUCACAAGUGCACACGCUGCACCAAGGCCACAGCUUCUAUGCGUAUCCACGCAUCUCCCCAUGUGGCUCCUUUGUGGCUUGGGUCACCUGGGAUCAUCCAUCCAUGCCGUUUUGGUCUUCGCAGCUGUGGGUAGCGUCGCUGCUGCGUGAGCCAGUGCCCCAUAUUUCUGAGCCUGUGCUCGUCGCUGGAGGUCAUGAUGCUGUGGCUCAGCAGCCUGUAUGGAUACCGGGGACCAACACACUGCUGUUCACUCUGUCGAGCGUUCAAGAAGCGGGUGUAUAUCAAGUGGAUGUACAACGUGGUGACUCAUUGUGUCAUGUGUCUGCGCGCCUUCCUGUGGGUCCUGCUCAUGCUUCAUCCCUUGUCGAGGUCCAGCCACCUCUCUGGAAUCUCAAUGUGUCGUCUUUGGUUGCUCUAGAUGCGCGCUUCAUUGUCUGUGUCGAGACAUCACAUGGUGUGGACCAUCUUGUCCUGCUGGAUAGGCAAGCGUGUACUCGAACGCGUAUACGCUCUGAGUAUACGCAGCUCUCGCAGCUGCGAUUAUCUGAAUCAAAGCUUGUCUGCCUGGCAGCAUCGGUUUAUUCUUCACCGGCGCUCGUGGCAUUCGAUGUUCCAACGAUUCUUGCACAGGCGGAGACAACUGGCCAAAUUUUACGCGCAUCUGGUGCAGAACUUGUGUCAGACGAAUUUAUCAGUUUACCUGAGCCUCUUUCAUUUCCCACGCAGCUUCCUGACGGCACAGCAAGCACGGCACAUGCCCUCUUUUAUGCACCAAAAAACCCUCAUUUCCAAGCUCCCCAUGGUACACUGCCCCCCUGUCGCAUCGUGGCUCAUAGCGGCCCAACUUCGCGUGCCACAGCAUCGCUGGACAUGUCCAUCCAGUACUGGACAUCCCGCGGCUGGGCCGUGUGUGCGGUCAACUUCGGUGGAAGCACCGGUUACGGGCUUGAGUACAUGCGCCGUCUGAAUGGUCAUUGGGGCGACGUGGAUGUGCGCGACUGUGUGGCCGCUGCUGCUUAUCUCGGUGGUACAUCUGCUCCGUGGGAUCGACCCGCUUUACCGAGCUCUUCGUCGAUGGCUCUAUCCGAAGAGGAGACGUACGAUGGCAUGCGGAAAAUCACAUUGACGCGCUCAGAUUCGCCAUCUAUGAUCCUCGAAGGUCUUGUCUUUGUGGCAACAAGUGCCCUAGUAUACUCCGCCACUUGGCAGCUUUGGUUCUGGUCCAUCUGGCCAAGUAUCGUUGCUGGCAUGUGUAUGUUGCUAUACCGACUCCUACUGCGCGUACAAGCUGAGUCUAUCAGCGUGUUUCCUCAGCUUGGGGCACAGCUGGAGACGACAUGUGGCUUGUACCUACCAUCUUGCCUGCGUACAUCCACACAGCCCUUUCUUCCUCUUCAGCGUCAACAAACUUUCUUGCCGCAAGAUACGAUCCUCGACUUUUUCAUGAUGGAGGCGAUCCAGCGUUGGCGCAUUGUCGACUAUGCCGUGUUGGCAACAAAAAACACGAAGCGUGAAUCUCUGCAUGUGGUUUUUCCACAUCUAUUGCCCCCACCGCAGGCCUACAUUCAUAUGUACCGUCGAUUGCAUGAUACCCUAUUGCACGGACAAUCAUAUCCCAGCAAAGCACGUGUCGACGCAUCCCGUAUUUGUAUCACGGGACGCUCGUCUGGUGGACUUACUGUGCUAUGUGCGCUUAUCCAAUAUCCUGAUAUAUUUUGCGCAGCAAGCAGCUCGUAUGGCAUUAGCGAUCUGAAGAGUUUGUCGCAACAUACUCACAAGUACGAAUUACACUAUACUACAACACUUAUGGGAGGUACAUAUGAAGAUCUUCCAGGAGUAUAUAAGGCUCGAAGUGCCUUGCAUCAUGCAGACAAGAUCCGCACACCCUUGCUUCUACUCCAGGGAGAUCAAGACAGGGUUGUGGCACCUGAUCAGAGCCGCCGCAUGGCCCGUGCCAUUGAGAGCCAUGCAGGCAAAAUCAAAUACAUCGAAUUUCCGUCAGAGGGACACGGCUUCCGUCGUUCGGACACACGACAAAGGGCGCUUGAAGAAGAAUUUGCUUGGUGCAAUGACGCAGCGCGCAUCCCCGAAGUUUGCUGA